GUCGGGGACAAAAACACGGCUGCGUAGCACCGUGCUCCUGCCGAGUGCCACGGCCGGGCUGAUGCCAUCGUCCCCUGGCCGUGGUGCCAUGGCACCGGGCUCUCCGCGCAGUGGGUUUUAAAGAGGGGGCUCUGAGAAGCCCCCACCCAGCGGCUGCGGGGCCAGGGGCCAGGCUGCUGGCGGCUCCCCCAGGACCAUGCAUUUGUACAAGCCCGCCUGCGCCGACAUCCCCCCGCACAAGCCGAGUUUGCAGAAACCGAGCGAAGCGCUUCUGAAAGGCAAAAAGCCAAGCGUGGUGCCCAAAAUCUGCCCCCCGGUGUCCGGCUGGGCAGGGAAGGCGAGCGGAGCCGCGGAGCUGAAGCAGCUGGAGAAGUUCCUGCACGUGCAUGGGCUGUCCCUGCAAGAGACCGUCCGCGCGGAGACGGGGAUGAAGUACAGAAACCUUGGGAAAUCCGGACUGCGAGUUUCAUGCCUUGGCCUGGGGACAUGGGUCACUUUUGGAGGCCAAAUCUCAGAUGAGGUGGCCGAGCAGCUGAUGACCAUCGCCUAUGAGAGCGGCGUCAACCUCUUCGACACGGCCGAGGUGUACGCAGCGGGCAAGGCCGAGGUCAUCCUGGGGAACAUCCUCAAGAAGAAGGGCUGGAGGCGGUCCAGCCUGGUCAUCACAACAAAGCUGUACUGGGGUGGAAAGGCUGAAACGGAGAGAGGGCUCUCGCGGAAGCACAUCAUCGAAGGAUUAAAGGCUUCCCUCCAGAGGCUGCAGCUGGAGUACGUGGACGUGGUCUUCGCCAACCGGCCCGACAACAACACCCCCAUGGAAGAAAUCGUCCGAGCAAUGACACACGUAAUAAACCAGGGCAUGGCGAUGUACUGGGGGACGUCACGCUGGAGCGCCAUGGAGAUCAUGGAAGCCUACUCCGUGGCCAGGCAGUUUAACAUGAUACCGCCCGUGUGCGAGCAAGCUGAGUACCACCUUUUCCAACGAGAGAAAGUGGAGGUUCAGCUGCCGGAAUUGUACCACAAAAUCGGGGUGGGCGCGAUGACGUGGUCUCCCCUGGCCUGCGGGAUCAUCUCAGGGAAAUACGGCAACGGGGUCCCCGAAAGCUCCAGGGCGGCUCUAAAGUGCUACCAGUGGCUGAAAGAAAAAAUCGUAAGUGAAGAGGGAAGAAAGCAGCAAACGAAGCUGAAGGACCUCUCGCCUAUUGCGGAGCGUCUGGGCUGCACACUACCUCAGCUGGCAGUCGCGUGGUGUCUGAGAAACGAGGGGGUGAGCUCUGUUCUUCUAGGAUCUUCCAACCCGGAGCAGCUGAUAGAGAACCUGGGAGCCAUACAGGUUCUUCCAAAGAUGACGUCACAUAUUGUAAAUGAAAUAGAUAAUAUUCUGGGAAAUAAGCCCUACAGCAAGAAGGACUACAGAUCAUAAUGCAAUGCAUGAAUUACCUGGACUGCAUGGUUUAAUAAGUGCUCUGUACAGAAGUACAGUCCUGAGUUAAUAUCCGGUCAUUAGAAUCAGUCAGCAGCUUGCUGCUCCGUGUCUACUGUUACUGGAUCCUUCGAGACGUGUGCUGUUGCUACCAAUCUGCAGUGAAGUUUAAAAGCACAGCUGAUCUCCUUCACAAGCAAGAACUAUCUUGUAUUUUCUUACCUUCGACGGAAUUCAUUCAUUUUUACUUUCCUCUUAGCACCUCAUGCUUGUGCUGUGAAAAACACAUGUAAAGCAAAAAAUAAUUUAUAACCUUCAGGUACUUGGUAAUUAAAGAAGGAUGUACAGAUAUAUUUUUUCAAUGAAGAAAAGCCAGAUACAACUUAGGUUUUAAUAAAAUCACAUUCGGGAAUUCUCAACUAUAAAGUUUCUUCAGUUAGGUUAACAGAUAGAAUGGGCAAGUUCAGAUUUUCCAUUUGCUUUUUUUUAACGCUGAAUACAUGCUUUAGAUUUUGUUUGUAAUGGAAAAAUGAACUUAAGUCAGAGAAUUAGUUAUACAUUCUAUUGCUCGACUGCUAACUAGACAAUUAUUUCAGCCAUGGGGUGCUCUUAAGACAUUACGUCAAGUAGAAGCCAGAAGAGCACAGUUUAAAAACCCCCAGAUGCAUGUCAGGUUAAGACAAACAACUCCUGUUUGCAAAAUUUUAAUUCUAUAUAAACUUUAAACCAAGAAAUCCAUGGUAAAAUAGUUUUUUGCAUUUUCUAGAAACCUGCCUCUACUUUUGCCUGCUUGUAGACAUAGCUAUUGCAAAUUUCAAUAUUCAUGAGCUUUUGAGGAUACAGACACUUAUAGAUAUAUGUAGUGCAUAGCUGCUGAAAACUACCAGAAACAAUCAGGUGUGCAUUUUGGUGGAAGGCUACAUUUGCUUUAACUUGUUCUGGAAUCGGGCAUAAGUAAAUGCAUUGUAUUUUUAAGACACAGGUAGUUCUUUUGUGAGCAUUUCAUCCUUUACAGCAGUUGAUAGUAAACAUUUCGCUAUUAAUUUGCCCACCUUCAGAACCAUGCCAUAUUUUACCAUUAGUUUGCUUUGUCAAGCGCGCCUAUGAUUUUGGUUAGUCCUUCACACUGGUACUGAAACAUACUUUAGGGACAUAAUUCCUAGAGGUACAGCUAUGUACAGUAUUCGUAGGACCCUUCUAUGCUAUUCCUCUUAACUUCAGGAUAUCUGCGACGCGUGUGGCGCUCACGGGGGGGGGCCACGUGAACAGAUAUGAAUACUUGACUUGUUCUCUCCUGUAUUUAAUCCAAUAAGCUGUGGUAUGUGUAAAUGACCUUAGCUGCUGUAUAUCAAGAAAUGCAGUCUGACUUUGACUUCUGCUUGGACCCAAUAAAAGCAUUUUGUGCAA